AUGCCGCGGUUCCCGGUGAAGAAGGUCCGCAAGCAGAUCAAGCUGCUGCUGCUGCUGCUGCUGCUCACCUGCGCCGCGUGGCUCACGUACGUGCACCUGAGCCUGGUGCGCCAGGGCCGCGCGCUGCGCCAGCGGCUGGGCUACGGGCGAGAUGGGGAGAAGCUGAGCGGCGUCACCGAGGGCAGGGGCGUCCGUGCCGCACUGUCCACGCAGAGGGCGGAGGACUCCAGCGAGAGCCGGGAGGAGGCACAGGUGCCCGAUGGCCGGGACCCAAACACGCUGUUUCCCGCGGGGGCUGGAAAGCACCCCCCUCUGAACCUCACUCAUCAGGCGCCUCCGUGGUGGGACGAGUACAAGGGGCAGGUGAACCUGCACGUGUUUGAGGACUGGUGCGGCGGCGCCGUGGGCCACCUAAGGAGGAACCUGCACUUCCCGCUGUUCCCUCACACGCGCACCACCGUGAAGAAGUUGGCUGUGUCCCCCAAGUGGAAGAACUACGGGCUGCGGAUUUUCGGCUUCAUCCACCCGGCGAGAGACGGAGAUGUCCAGUUUUCUGUGGCUUCAGACGACAACUCUGAGUUCUGGCUGAGCCCAAACGAGAGCCCAGCGAGUGCCCAGCUGGUGGCCUUUGUGGGCAAGACCGGCUCAGAGUGGACAGCACCUGGAGAAUUCACCAAGUUCAGCUCCCAGGUGUCCAAGCCCAAGCGGCUCAUGGCCUCCCGGAGGUACUACUUCGAGCUGCUGCACAAGCAGGACGACCGAGGCUCAGACCAUGUGGAAGUGGGCUGGCGAGCCUUCUUGCCGGGCCUGAAGUUUGAGGUUAUAGGCUCUGCUCACAUCUCCUUGUACACAGAUGAGUCAUCCCUGAAGAUGGACCAUGUGGCCCACGUCCCUCAGUCUCCGGCUAGCCAUGUGGGGGGGCACCUGCCUCAGGAGGAGCCCAGAGCCGACAUGCUGCGCCCGGACCCCCGAGACACCUUCUUCCUCACUCCUCGCGUGGAGCCUUCGAGUCUGGAGAAUGUGCUGGAGCCGUGCGCCUAUGCCCCCACAUAUGUCGUCAAGGACUUCCCCAUCGCCAGAUACCAGGGAUUGCAGUUUGUGUACCUGUCCUUCGUCUACCCCAAUGAUCAUACGCGCCUCACUCAUAUGGAGACGGAAAACAAGUGCUUCUACCGGGAGUCGCCGCUGUACUUGGAAAGGUUUGGGUUCUAUAAGUACAUGAAGAUGGACAGGGAGGAGGGGGAGGAAGACGAAGAGGAGGAGGGGCAGCGCCGAGCCUUCCUCUUCCUCAACCCGGACGACUUCCUGGACGAUGAGGACGAGGGUGAGCUGCUGGACAGUCUGGAGCCUACGGAGGCGUCCCUCCUGCAGAGCGGCCGCCGAUCCCCGUCCCCGGUGGCCCCCACCACACCACCGGGACCCAAGCCUACCGCGCCAGCGCCUGCCAGCACCCGGGACCUGCCAACCCCCAGGCGCUCCCGGGCAUUGAGCUGGGCUGCCCGGGCUGCGCGCCCCCUGCCCCUCUUCUUGGGCCACGCCCUGCGCCCCCGAGCAGCCGCUGAGCAGCCGCCCCCAAAGGUGUAUGUGACACGGGUGCGGCCGAGACUGCGGGCCCCCUCGCGGGCCCUGGCACCUCUCACUCCCCGCGGCCCACGCUGGCCGCCCUUCCCUGGAGUCUUCCUCCGUCCCAGACCACUUCCGCGGGUGCAGCUGCGGGCCCCCCCGCACCCGCCCCGGUCUCGAGGCCACAGGACCGGUGGCUCCCCUGCCACAGAGCUGAGGCCCUCUGCCCGGGCGCAGGCCACCCAGGGGAGCCGGGAGGGCCAGCUGCGCAUGCUGGGCCUCCCGGGACCCACCACGGACUUGAACUUGUCAUCAGAAGCACAGCCAGUGACCUCCUUCCUGAGCUUGUCCCAGGUGUCUAGGCCACAGGUGCCUGGGCAGGACGAGGAGGAGGAGGAGGGGGAAGCUGAUGAAGAUGGGGCCCAGGGCGAGGAGGACAGCGAGGAGGCAGGCGGCCCCCCCCGCAGCCGCUGGCGUGAGGACGCCAUCGACUGGCAGCGCACGUUCAGCGUGGGCGCGAUGGACUUCGAGCUGCUGCGCUCCGACUGGAACGACCUGCGCUGCAACGUGUCGGGGAACCUGCAGCUGCCGGAGGCUGAGGCCGUGGACGUGGUGGCUCAGUAUAUGGAGCGGCUCAACGCCCACCAUGGCGGGCGCUACGCGCUUCUGCGCAUCGUGAACGUGGAGAAGCGCCGAGACUCUGCGCGCGGAAGCCGCUUCCUCCUGGAGCUGGAGCUACAAGAGCGUGGAGGUGGCCGCCUGCGUCUGUCCGAGUACGUCUUCCUGCGGCUGCCGGGAGCCCACGCGGGAGACAUAGACAGGGACGGAGAGAGUCCUGAGCCAGCGCCCGCCGCUUCCACACGGCCAGACGGCCGCCCGGAGCUCUGCCGGCCACUGCGCCUGGCCUGGCGCCAGGACGUGAUGGUACACUUCAUCGUGCCAGUGAAGAACCAGGCGCGCUGGGUGGCACAGUUCCUGGCCGACAUGGCCGCGCUGCACGCCCGCACGGGGGACUCCCACUUCAGCGUCAUCCUGGUGGACUUUGAGAGCGAGGAUAUGGAUGUGGAACGGGCCUUGAGCGCAGCUCGGCUGCCCCGGUACCAGUACCUGAGGCGAACUGGAAACUUUGAGCGCUCCGCAGGCUUGCAAGCUGGCGUGGAUGCCGUGGAGGAUGCCAGCAGCAUCGUUUUCCUCUGCGAUCUACACAUCCAUUUCCCCCCCAACAUCCUGGACGGCAUCCGCAAGCACUGCGUGGAGGGCAAGCUGGCCUUCGCACCUGUGGUCAUGCGCCUGCGCUGCGGGAGCUCGCCGGGGGACCCUCACGGUUACUGGGAGGUGAAUGGCUUUGGCCUCUUCGGGAUCUACAAGUCAGACUUCGACCGCGUCGGAGGCAUGAACACUGAGGAGUUCCGUGACCAGUGGGGGGGCGAGGACUGGGAGCUCCUGGACAGGGUCCUGCAGGCAGGGCUGGAGGUGGAGCGGCUCCGACUGAGGAACUUCUACCACCACUACCACUCCAAGCGGGGAAUGUGGGCCACACGCAGCCGGAAGGGCUCCCGCACAGAGGGCCCUUGAGGACAGGGCGACCCCUCCCAGCCCCUG